ACCUUCCCGGUGGAUGAAGGUUUGGUGGUGUUUGCGCGUUGUUUGUGGUGUGCCGAAAAGCAUGUUUUUUUUUGCAUAAACUAUUCAAUUUUCAAAGCGUUUGAAAAAAAGUAUUUUCUAUUUAUUUAAAAUUUUUUAUAUAUACUCAAUAAAGCCACAAUCAUGUCGAAAAGAAUGUCGAGGUAUCCUAGUGAUCGUAAGGUUUAUGUAGGUGAUUUGGGAAAUAAUGCAAGAAAAAAUGAAUUGGAGUACGCAUUUAGCACCUAUGGCACUCUGAGGAGUGUUUGGAUUGCAAGAAAUCCGCCCGGUUUUGCUUUUGUGGAAUUCGAGGAUGCCCGAGAUGCAGCUGAUGCAGUUCGAGGUUUGGAUGGACGAACGGUUUGUGGACGUCGAGCUCGAGUAGAACUAUCCACCGGUAGAUAUGCCGGCGGCCGAAAUGACAGGAAAGGAUCCAAAAGUGGCGGACGUCCAUUCCAUCCGGACGAUAAGUGCUACGAAUGUGGAGGUAGAGGACACUACGCCCGCGACUGCCGCCGUUAUGGACGAAGGCGCCGAAGCCGAUCCAAGAGUCGCUCACGAAGUUAUUCAAGGGAUCAGCGAACCAGGUCCCAUACAGGCUCACGCUCUCAUUCAAGAAGCAAAUCCAAAUCUCGUUCGCCAAAAAAAGAUUACCGUGAUGAACGCAAGCCACGAAGCAGUCGACGUUCCACAGAAAACGACCAUGAAAAUGGUGUUAGACAUAACGAUGAUGGCCGAAAUGGAGUGGCCAGAUCGCCAAAACGUCGCUACGACUCCUCAUGUUCCCCAAAACGUGGUCAUAGUCGAAAUAGGGCCGACAGCAUCGAUUCAAAAAGAAGUAGUUCCAACUCUCGCCGUAGCCAUGGUGCUCGCACAAAAUCACGAUCUCCAAUUUCAAAGAAUCAUAAAGACUAGUUGAUAAUAAUUUGAAUCCUGAUUAAUUUGACAAUUUGACAUUUUAUUUACUUAAGUGUGCGGUAUUAGAGCGAUACCUCGUAGGAUUUACUUUCUGUAUUAAAAAGAAAGUCAAUUAAAAUAUUUAUUGUAAGUUCUAUUCUAGAUCAACAAGUAAUGCAAUUUUACAUAUUUUUAGCGGCUCAGUUUUAACUGAUAUGAUUUUUUUUAUAUUUUAUUAUUCCCAAGCUUCAACUGACAAGAAAAUGUGUAAAAAUUGUAUUUAAAGUUACUCAAAUAAACUGUCAUCUAAUAAAAAA